AGCCUCCCGCGUGACUUAUCAAAUAUGAAAGGGAUUUUUAAAUACUGUGGCACCGACGAUGGAGACUCGGGGAGAUUCGAGUGAGCUGCUAGACAGUGAAAGACCACGGAAGAGACCGCAGCAAAGUAUAUUUUUCCGAUCGUGACGUGGUGAAGUAAGAUAUCCAAGAAAGAGACGCUCGGUUUGCUGUGUAGAAAGAGGCUUAAAGUUUGGUUACCAGAUGCUGAGAUGAGGUUUACCCGCAUGACAACUGAAAACAGACGUUUGCAGCCUUGAAACUCAAAAAUGAGCUGGGCUGUGGGAACUCAGUGUGUGACAAAAAAGGACCACACAAAGCCUAAAUGUGGCGAGCUGCUCUAUCACAAAGGGGACCUCAUCACUGUCCUAAAUAAAACUAUGAAAGAGGGGGUUUACUUGUCCAGGCACAACACCACAGGAGAAGAGGGUCUCAUUAAUGCCACUGACCUGAAGGAAAGAAAGGCCAUUCAAGAGACCCCCAACCUCAGCCUAAUGCCCUGGUUUCAUGGGAAGAUCUCAGGCCCAGAGGCUGUGUCUAAACUGCAGCCUGCUCAAGACGGCCUGUUCCUGGUUCGGGAAUCGAUCCGACAUCCAGGAGACUACGUUCUCUGUGUUGCUGUUUCUGCAAAGGUGAUUCACUAUCGCGUCUUUUACCAUGACAACAAGCUCACCAUUGACCACCAACAGUUUUUCUACAACCUCAUCGAUAUGGUUGAGUUUUACUCCAAAAACAAAGGAUUCAUUGCCACCAGAUUACUCAAGCCUAAACCAAAAACAGGAACCAAGUCUGCAGAAAUAGAACUGUCUAAAACUGGAUGGCUUCUGGACAUAAAUAAACUUACUGUAGGAGAGAGAAUUGGGGAGGGCGAGUUUGGAGCUGUUUAUGCAGGAGACUAUAUGGGCCAGAAGGUGGCAGUAAAGAUCAUAAAAUGUGACGUGACAGCUCAGGCCUUUCUACGGGAGACCACUGUCAUGACAAAACUUCAGCACAAAAACUUGGUUCGUCUGUUGGGCGUUAUCCUGAACAGAGGACUGCAUAUUGUGACUGAGCUCAUGGAAAAGGGAAAUCUGGCAAACCUGCUCAGAUCCAGAGGCCGUUGGGUUGUGAGAGUAGGCCAGCUGCUGCAGUUUGCUCUAGACGUGUGCGAGGGGAUGGAGUAUUUGGAAUCUGUGAAGCUAGUGCAUAGAGAUCUGGCUGCUCGAAAUGUUCUGGUUUCUGACAACAGUGUGGCCAAGGUCAGUGACUUUGGCCUGACUAAGGUGCACUCAAAGACUUCAGAUAACGCCAAACUGCCCAUCAAAUGGACUGCCCCAGAAGCCCUUACAAAACAGAAUUUUUCCACCAAAUCAGAUGUUUGGAGUUAUGGUAUACUUCUUUGGGAGAUUUUCUCAUAUGGUCGUCAGCCAUACCCUACGAUGAACGUGGCAGAAGUGAAAGAGAUGGUUGAAGCUGGUUAUCGUAUGGAGGCUCCUGAGGACUGUCCCGCUGACCUGUACUCUGUGAUGAGGCUGUGCUGGGAGCAGGAACCACGCCGCAGACCCUCCUUCCAAAAACUGAGACAUAAACUAGAGCAAGAGAUGAGUCAAAAUAACACAAGCCCUGCAGCCUGCUCAAGAAGAGCACUGUAAGGGCCAGCCAUGAUCAUGUCACUCAAAUGUGACAUGCUUAUUAACUAGUAAAAUUAUUGUACUAAACAUUAUGGAGGGGCUCAUUCACACAUGUUAGAUUGCCUAAUUUUAAGUAAUGGUUUAAUUUAUGUUUUUAGGAUUCAGUAUAGUAACAUCAGUAUAAUUAUUUUUCUCAAGGGCGAUCCAUUGGUUUUGGUGACAUCACUUCUUAGAGUUCUGAAAAGAUUUUUUGUGGACUUUUCAUAUUCAAAAGAUAUAAUUUAUUUUUGAAAGUGUUGAAAUUACACAGCAAUUAAUGGAUGAUACCAUUAUCAUAUAUAAAGAAUUGCACACAAUA